UCAGGCCGCGAGGUGCUUUCCAGCCGCGAGCUGUCAGGCCGAGUGUCAGGCCCGGCAGGUACGCGGCGCGCUCUCCCGGCGCCUCCCGCCCCCUGCCGGGACGCCCGGGACCGAGCCCUAGGCCGCGUGGACGGAAAAGCUGCUGGGAAAAGCUUGCCUGAGGUCCAGCGUAGCCCCUAGACACCAUGUCAGACAGUGACCUGGGUGAGGAUGAAGGCCUCCUCUCCCUGGCAGGCAAGAGGAAGCGCAGAGGGAACCUGCCCAAGGAGUCGGUGAAGAUCCUCCGGGACUGGCUGUACCUGCAUCGCUACAACGCCUACCCCUCAGAGCAGGAGAAGCUGAGCCUUUCUGGACAGACCAACCUGUCGGUGCUGCAGAUUUGUAACUGGUUCAUCAACGCUCGGCGGCGGCUUCUCCCAGACAUGCUUCGGAAGGAUGGCAAAGACCCCAACCAGUACACCAUUUCCCGCCGCGGGGGCAAGGCCUCCGAUGUGGCCCUCCCCCGAGGCGGCAGCCCCUCAGUGCUGGCUGUGUCUGUGCCGGCCCCCACCAAUGUGCUCUCCUUGUCCGUGUGCUCCAUGCCGCUCCACUCAGGCCAGGGAGACAAGCCGGCAGCCACCUUCCCACAAGGCGAGCUGGAGCCCCCCAAGCCCCUGGUGACCCCUGGUAGCACACUCACCCUGCUGACCAGGGCUGAAGCUGGAAGCCCCACGGGUGGACUCUUCAACACACCACCGCCCACCCCCCCAGAGCAGGACAAGGAGGACUUCAGCAGCUUCCAGCUGCUGGUGGAGGUGGCGCUCCAGAGGGCUGCUGAGAUGGAGCUCCAGAAGCAGCAGGACCCGUCACCCCCGUUGCUGCGCACUCCCAUUUCCUUCGUCUCUGAAAACCCCAAGUAGGCAUCUGCCAACAGGGGUGCUCGAGGCUCGAGCCAGCUGUCCUGGGUUUCCGUUUUGGUUCCCCUUCCUACAGAGGGUUUUCUUUGGAUCACUGCCAAACAUCGGGAUCAUCUCCUCUGUCCAGAGGUCUUCAGCAGGAAGACGCCAGCUGGCGUCACUGCACUGUGAUGGGACCUCUCCUCUGCUGACUCUGCCAUUUCUCCAGGCCUCCUCAGUGAUGAGACCAAGAGAUUGGAGACAGGCAUGGUGCUGCUGCUGCAGAGAAUCCCCGGGACCCCUUUGUUCCCACCUGCUUUCCUGGGCUGGGCACAGGAAAGCUGCCAAGUUCACUCACACCUGUGCUGGGUCCCAGUUGCCCCUGACAGGGCCUCUUUUUGUUAAGUGUGGACAUUCCAGGUUCAUAAGUGUGAACAGAAGAAAAGAGGAGCCCAGCAGAUGUAACAGAACCGACUCCGGUUGAAUGUUUAGGUUUUUGCUAAACUUUGUUUAUUUUUCCCUCUUUGCUGUGGUUUGCAUUAACAGGAGUAGUUAGCCCAGGUGUGGGGAAUGAGAGUGCAUUGCUUGAUGGCGUCUGAUGAACUAAGAAUAAUCCACCACUGCAAUUGGUGAUUGUUUUACAAGGAAGGAGUAUUUUCAUUUGGGGGACCAGCUAAAUCUCUGCAAAAUUCCAAAUGGUUGUUUUAUUGUUGGUUUGGUUUACCAAAAAAAAAAAAAAAGAAAAGAAAAAAAAAAAGAAAAAACUUUUAUGGGCUUUGGCUUUUCUGCAUCAUGCACAGAAGGGAGAAGGGGUUAAAGCCACAGCCAGAGAGAGGGUCCAACAAAUCGGACCAAACCUUCUAGGUGCAGAGCAGAGAAGGAGGAUAGAGGUGUUUUUCUGGUUGCUUGGUGGUUGUUUUUACUGUAUUGUGGGGGAGGGGAGGGGGAGGUAAGCUAGGCUGAGCAGUAGGGUGGUGUUUUUUUCUCUUUCAUGUUUUCCCCUUCUUUAUCUUUGAAAGCUUCACCCCGGCCCGAGUUCUGAAUUCCUUCUAGGAACUUGGCUUAGUGGGGCCAGAAUGUCAAAAGCUCCCUGUUGUUCCUACUUGGAAAGAAGUGAGCCAUCUAGUGGUCAGGAAGGCCUUUUAGCUGAUCUAGACGGGCAGCUUUUCCCAUGAUGGUGGCCGGAAACUGUUCCUGGAGGAAACAUGGAACAGUGCCCCCAGCUGCCUGUGGAACUGCCCUGGGAGGAGGCUGGGGCUGGGAAUCGGUCACGAAGCCUGUUCGCUGUGAGUGUCUUUCUGUUGCACCUCUCUUUAAAUUGGAGUUGCAGAAGCCCCUGCCCUGAACUUCACA